CCUUACGUUCUUUCAUAACCGUAACGAGAAAAAUGUGUCUCUUGAAAGAGAGUGUUCUCAUCAUCGGCCUGCAAAUUCAGGCGUUGGGCCAUGGGUGCAUGUGGGGGUUCGGACAGUUCAGACCAAAGAAUCGGGUGGCUUUGCAAGUCAGAUAAUGUAACCCCCCUCCACAGAAAUUUACAGUUCGAAUUUUUUCACGUUUUUCAUUCCCCCUUCACCAUGUUAAUGGCACAGCGCAUUUCCCUUGUUGCUCGUCGACAACCUGCGACCAUUCUUGCUCGUUAUGCUUCAGGUCAAGCUGUCGUUCCAGAGCAAUUUACACAAACCAUCGUCCUCAGCAAUGGAGCUACUUAUACCGUGCGAACAACCUCACCAAAACCUCAAGUCAGAUUGACAAAGGACACUCGCAAUCAUCCUCUUUGGAAUCCUUCCAUGCUUCGAGAAGGUGUCAACGAUGAAAGUGAACAACUCACUAAAUUCCAAAAGAGAUUCGGUGACCUCGGCUAUGCAAAAGGCAGCAGCAAGCGGCGGUCAACAAUCCAAAGCAGCCAAGGGAAAGGGAAAGAGAAAGUAAACAGAUCGUUAUUAAUGCGACGCAGUCAUGUAUAAUAGACCCAAUAAAAAGAAAGC